AUGGUGUAUAAAACGCGCAUCAAUGUGAAGAGGCUCUGCUUCGCCAUGGCGAUUGCAAACCGGAAGAAGAAAAUGGAUUCCAGAUUUCUGUGGUCGUUCCUCCUCGCCUUCGCCAUGGCCUCCGCCGGAGUUCGCUCUCGAUCCACCGACGCCCUCGGCUUCCUCUCCAUCGACUGCGGCAUCGAGUCUGGUUCUUCCUACGUCGACCCCCUCGCCAACAUCUCCUACGUCUCCGACGCCGGUUUCAUCGACACAGGCGUCAACCGCAACAUCUCCGUCGCCUACGUGGGUUUGUACCCGCGUUUCCACACCCUCCGCGCCUUCCCCAACGGCACCCGCAACUGCUACACCAUCCGGUCACCGACAGUGGCCCGGGGGUCCAAGUACCUCCUCCGGGCGUGGUUCGUCUACGGCAAUUACGACGGGCUCAGCGGUCAGCCGCAGUCCUUCGAACUCCACCUCGGCGUCAACUAUUGGGACAGGGUGAACGUGACCACUGCGGAAUCAUCCUACUGGACGGAGACCAUCACGGUGGCCACCGCCAGGUACUUGUCGGUGUGCCUGGUGAACACCGGAAAGGGGACGCCGUUCAUCUCCGGAAUCGACUUGCGUCCGCUGAAGGACGAUCGCUAUCCGGCGGCGAACGAGUGGAGGAGUUUGGUGCUGUCCGCCCGGUUGAACUUUGGAGCAGAAUCUGCCUACAUCAGGUAUCCAGACGACCCGAUCGAUCGGGUGUGGACGCCAUGGAACUCAUCGGAGUGGAACUGGAACGACGUCUCCACCGACUCCACCGUCGAAAACUUGUCCGAGGACUUGUUCGAAGUUCCAUCCGUCGGCAUGCAGACCGCCGUCACCCCCAUCAACUCCUCCAGCCUCGUCCUCGCAUGGGAUCCCUCCCCCGGCCACUUCAACCAGUUCUUCCCCAUCCUCCACAUAUCCGAGAUUUUUGAUCUCACCGGCACCAAUCAAUCGCGGCAGUUCAACAUCUGCGUGAAUGGAUUCCUGGCUUAUAUAAUGACCCCCCCUUACCUCUACUCGGACGCCGUCUACAGCCUCGUGCCCCUCCCUUCGUUCCCCACCUAUAACAUCUCCCUCGAGGCUCUCAGCAACUCCACUCUCCCGCCGAUCCUCAAUGCCUUCGAGCUAUACAUGACCAUGAGCAACACCUCCGUGCCCUCGGAUGUUGGAGAUGUUGAUGCCAUGACAGCGAUCAAGGAGCGAUAUCGGAUCCAGAGGAAUUGGAUGGGAGAUCCAUGUUCCCCUAGUGCUCUUGUUUGGGAUGGACUAAAUUGUACUUAUAGCUUGUCAAAUUCUUCAAGAGUCACUGCUUUGAACUUGUCAUCAAGUGGCCUGAUUGGGGAAAUAACCAAAUAUGUUGCUAAUCUUAGUGCACUUCAAUACUUGGACUUGGCUUACAACAAUUUAACAGGGCCAAUACCUGGUGUUCUAGCAAACUUAAGCUCUCUCAAACUACUUGAUUUGACAGGUAACCAGUUAAAUGGAUCAGUUCCUAAAAGCCUCCUUGAAAUGGCACAAAAUGGAUUACUUACCUUAAGACUAGAUGGGAAUCCACAUCUUUGUAACAAUGGUACAUUGUGCAAUGUGAUGCCUGCACCAAAAAGGAAGAAAACAUUAACAUCAACAAUCGUGAUUCUUUGUAUAGUUCCCGUGUUAAUACUUCUUCUGCUGAUAGCAAUAGUUUGGAGAGUGAGGAAAACACAAGGAUUGAGAAGAGGCAACUCAGUGGAUCCACAUAAUGGUUUCCCAAAGCAAACAGAUAAUGCAUUACAGUUUGAAAAUCGCCAAUUCACAUACACAGAAUUACAGAACAUCACUCAUAACUUUCAAAAGAUUCUAGGCAAAGGAGGAUUUGGAUCUGUUUUCCAUGGACAUUUGGAAGACGGUACUCAAGUUGCAGUCAAAAUGCUAUCGCAUUCAUCAUCACAAGGAACUAAAGAGUUUCUUGCUGAGGCCCAACACUUGACUAGGGUUCACCAUCGGAAUUUAGUUUCUCUGGUCGGCUACUGCAAUGAAGUAAAUCAUUUGGGGCUUGUCUAUGAGUUUAUGUCUCAAGGAACACUACAAGAUCAUCUGCGAGGUAGGGCAAACAAUGCUAGGGCUUUAAGCUGGAGACAACGUCUUCAUAUGGCAAUUGACGCUGCACUAGGGCUAGAGUAUUUGCAAAAAGGAUGCAAACCACCAUUGGUUCAUAGAGAUGUGAAGUCAGGAAAUAUCCUUUUGAGUGAAACUCUGGAAGCUAAGAUAGCUGAUUUUGGGCUUUCGAAAGCUUUUCUAAGUGAGGCGAGCAGUCAUACAUCCACUGUAGUGGUGGGAACUCCUGGAUACCUUGAUCCUGAGUAUUACAAUACCUUCCAACUCAAUGAGAAAAGUGAUGUGUACAGCUAUGGAGUAGUUCUUUUGGAACUUAUCACUGGGCUACCACCAAUACUUCCAGGUACUGAAAAUGUACACCUAGUUCAAUGGAUGCUCCAAGGACUUGACAGAGGAAACAUUGAGGAUAUUGUAGAUCCCAGACUGGAAGGGGAGUAUGACAUAAAUAGUGUCUGGAAGUGCAUUGAUAUUGCACUGAAAUGCACAGCACAUAGGUCCCAACAACGACCAAACAUGACAGAAGUUGUGAUGCAGCUGAAAGAGAGCUUAGAACUAGAGAACUCUCAUUAUAACACUGCGAACACAGUCACACGCAGAGAGAAUCCAUACUCAGAAGUAAGCAAUGUGAGCUUGAACAGUGCUCCUGAGAUAGGAGUGUUUAGAAUGACUGAGAUUUCUGGACCAACGGCAAGAUAAACAAGGGUUUGCUUGACUUUUCCCCAUGGUUGUUAAUUAGUUCAAAAAUGUCAUUUACUUCAAAUUCAUUCUUAUGUAGCAUUUUACAUGUUAUUACUUGUGUGAAGGAAAAUAGUAUUUUCUGGAGUCUAGAUGUUACUUUUAUUUUCUAUGGCAAAAACUAUUGUAUGUUGUUCCAUUUCAUCUUGGAACAAACAUCUUGUAUUUGACAAUGUCAUAUCUUUGCUAAAAAAAAUUCUGUAUUUUCUUCCUCGUUAA